GCUUUCCUCAAAAGUAAAUAUCACAGGCAGAUAAACAUUGGCAGAGGCAGCAUGACUUAUCACAAGUGGAAUGUGUACAUUUCCCCCUCUCCACCCCAUUUUUGGGUACUGCAAAUUGCAUUUGUUCAGAAAGAAAAGUUACAAGUGCAGCAACUAUCUCCAGGUAAUGAAUUUCCUUUAUUGCUUUCAAAUAAAAUAUACAUCUACUGCAGGGCUUAUAUUAGAUAGCUGGGAGCAAAUCAAAAGUAGUAGUAGUAGUAGUAGUAGUAGUAGUAAUAGUAGUAGUAAUAAUAAUAAUAAAAACAAACCCCAUACCUCUGGCUGGGUUUCCCUAGGCAGUCUGGAUAGCUUACAACAUAUAUUAAAAACUGUUAAAAAAAUUGUCAGAAAUCAGGCUUUGUUAAUGUUAGACGCAUGCUUAAAAAAAAAUCUAACUAAAGCUGCGGUAUUUAAUCAACCAAUGGGCUGAUAUAAAAGUACAGCACUAACUGCAGUAACUCAUUAUAAUAAAUCUUAGCUGAUAGUUUAAACAGAUGGGAACAAAAAUUAUUCAUCUUUAUAUAAUAAAAGCACUAUACUUUUUGAAAUUACUGAGCAAUGUUAAUGACAACUUUUGAUGCCCAUUUUGUUAAACUCCUUCUGAGACCUUGGAAAUGUGAGCUUUUGAGAAAUCCCUCCUUAUAGCACACUUUUAAAAUGGGCAUUGAAUAUUUUAUUGCAUUUAUUUUUUAGGAUGGCAUGGUUUUCACAAACAUGUUCUUUCAUUCUGUUAAUUUCUUCAGUCUCUAGCGGUAAGUACCUCUAGAUUGCUUCUUGUAUGUGAAUAUUUGUAAAGAUAUACCUAAAUGACUUCAUCGGACCAAGCUCAGAAAAUAAAAUGUGGAACGGUAAUAGUUUAUCUAACAAAUAAUACUGGAGGAAAUCCAAAUACUCUGAAUUAUUAAUUCUAGGGUAGCCAAAUUUCAAAAUAUUUUGCAUCCUCCAAUGCUUUUUUCCAGAGGAAGCUGGGGGUUUCAGUGGUGACUAAUGGUGCCUCUCUCACAGUUUUGCUGGACAGUGUUAAAUUUAUACAGUGGUACCUUGGGUUAAGUACUUAAUUUGUUCCGGAGGUCCAUACUUAACCUGAAACUGUUCUUAACCUGAAGCACCACUUUAGCUAAUGGGGCCUCCUGCUGCUGCCGCGUCGCCUGAGCACAAUUUCUGUUCUCAUCCUGAAGCAAAGUUCUUAACCUGAGGUACUAUUUCUGGGUUAGCGGAGUCUGUAACCUGAAGUGUAUGUAACCCGAGGUACUACUGUACUGGAGAAUUUAGGUUUGAGCAAUUACAGCAGAUUAAAACACUCAAUUGCCCUCUACUUACAAAAGAAACAAGAAACAGGGCUUUUGUGAUUAGGAAAGUUUCCAACAGUGACAGUGCUGGAGGGGAAAAUGGGACAUUCCAGGAUCAAAUCAGAAGCUGGAAUGGUUUUGGCAAUUCUGGGAAUUCCCCAGGAAAGUCUGGACACUUGGAGGGUGCGCACCAGUAAGUUAACUUGUCAACUGUGGGGGCAGAUGCUGUUCUGUUGCCAGCACUGAAAUAAAAUUUAACUGCCAGUUCAGUAGGUCUUUGUGCAUGAAAUAGAGGAGGGUGCCAUUUUUAAAAAAAUAUUAUUUUUGUAUCAGGCAGUAAAAUGUCUUGGGCUAGCCUUGGAGCUGACUGGGGGUGGGGAUUUGUUACAACUCAUAAAUAAUGAGGCGGAGCAAUGAGCUUCCAUCUACUCCAGCCAUAACAUAAUGGUCUACUUACACCUGCUCUGGCCACCUAUAAAGGCAUGGCUACUUUUCCUGAUAUAAAAACUCAGAAAGGAGCAACAGGAACUGUAGUUCUGUAGAGGUUAAGAAAUAGGGUUGUGUUAAAAAUAGCACAGCGUGAUGCAUCCCAUUGGUGCAAGGGUUUCUGUUUGCUCAGUGGGACUAUGGUUUUUAACUUCCUGUGUUCUUCAUAGGAACUCAUGAACGUAAAGCUGGUUUAUAAAUGAAAAGGGUCGAUGGGAUGGAAAGAACUUGAAGUGCAGGGGGUUGAAAGUGGCUGGGUGGCUGAAGUAGGGAUGCUUGCGGAUUUCAUUUGUUCCACACUUUGAUGCUGACAAAACCGGUUUGCAUUCCCUGACCCACUGUACAGAAACGUAACAAAACAGUCUGCUGGAUUUUGCCAUUCUCCAAACCUUGCAAUUUGAAAAUGAGCUCAGAAAAUGCACAAAAUGUGCAAAAUACCCUCACUCGUUUUUAAAAAACACACACAUAAAAUGCAACCAGAAAUAAGCAAAAUAUUGCAAAAAGGACUAUGGCAAAAGCUUUUAAUAGCAACUAGAAGCCUAACAUCAGCCACAUUCUGCCUAUCUACCCCUGCUUUGGAAAACAGCAACAACUAUGUACCAUGAACAUACGCUAACAUUUUGCAUUUUUGUGCCUCAGAAUGUGUGUCUGAAAUCUACGAAAACACAUAUUUUCAAGGAGGAGAUAUCUCUAAGGUUUAUGCUCCCAAUGCAGACUACUGCCAAAUGGUGUGCACGUAUCACCCAAAGUGUCUAUUAUUUUCCUACUUUCCAGGAGACUGGGUGAAAGAUAUUGGAAGGUAACAUUCACAUUACAUCUCUGAUUUGUUUGUUUAUUUGUUCAUUCAUUUAGUGGCAUCUAUAUACAAGUGACAUUAACCUUUGUCUGCUUUUAUAAUUGCUCUUUCUGAUUUGUAUACAUUAUAAAAUGAAAUAAUAUACUCGAACAAGACAGGUACCUCCUAUCCCAAGCUAGGUGUAAUUGAAUUUCAACGGCAGGGGACAGUUUUAGGAGGGGACGGUUGGUGGUUCAUUUUGUUUGUUUUUACCCAGGGAGGGGGUUUCUUUUUUUCUUUUUGCAUAGUUCAGAAAUCCACACUAUAAAUAAAUAGCUAGAUAAAGGGGAAGAAAAAUAAAUGCACGCUAUAAAUGAAGGGGUCCUUUCCAAUUCUUUGAUUCUAUGAUUCUAUAAUCUGUUUCUCUUCUCCUUUCCUUAAUGUCAGGUUUGCAUGCUUCCUGAAAGAGACUGAUACUCAAGCGUUGCCAAGGAUACCCACCAAAGGGGUAAUCUCUGGACAUUCCCGGAAACAAUGCCCUGGAGUCACUGGUAAGGUCUGCUGGUUCGGAGACCCUACAAAGCAGCCAAAGGGACAUAGGAAGCAGCCUUAUACCAAGUCAGACUAUUGAGCCAUCAAGCUCAGUGUUGUCUACAUCAGUGGUGGGGAACCUCCAGCUUGAAGGCCCAAUUCCCCCCUCCAGGCCUCCCCAUCUGCCCUACACCUGGUACCCUAUAUCUGAUGUCACACAUGGGGCAGGUAGGGACAUGGCUUGGCUGAAAGGGGGUUUUCAGGCAGUGGCAGUCAGCUAAUCAGUGGUGCCUGCAAAGUCCUGUGCACUGGGGUCUGCAAGUGUCAACAAUCAUUUGAUCCCUGGGCUUGCAAAGCACUAUGCACUGGCCCAUGCAAGAGCCAAUGACCAGACGAAUGGGCUUGCAAAGCACCGUGCCUUUGCUUUCAUGGUAUGAUUUCAAACCAUGCAAGCAAAAUCUUGACAUCAAUGAGACAUCAGGUGAUUGACAAAUAGCUAGGACCACCUACUUCUCAACCUUGGCCCCUGGUGGGGUGGGGGAAAUAAGGAUCUGCUUCUAUGCAUCUUUACUCGGAAGGAAAUCCCACUGUGAAAUACUACUACUACUACUGCUAUACAUGUGAAUUGCUGCCCUGCCUGAGUAGGAUCUACUUCCCAGGCUGUCAAGUUCUGAGAUCUAGGGGGAACAGGCUGUCAGCUCAGUGGAAGACCACGUAACUAAGAAGUUGGAUCUGGGUCCUGGGCUUUAUAAGGUGUGAUGCAUUGGGAUUGGCCCUUGGGACUAGUACUGGCAUCUAGGAGUUGCCCUUGAAGUCUGAACCUCUGCCUCUCAAGCUUACUGUUGAAACAGAGCAGUGUGGGCCUUGGGGUACGGCACUGAUGCCUGGUUGCUGGGAGAGAGAGAUGCCUCUAGAUGCCUUGCUAUUGGUGUUCAUCUGCAUUUGCAGAUUGCUGUUGUCCUUCUGCCCCUCUCCAGCUUGCAGCAAGGAAGUCCAUGAAGGGUUGGAUAUGCGAGGAGAAAACUACAAUAUAACCACUGAAGAAAGCUAUGACCACUGCCAAAAAAGAUGCACCAAUGAGAAUCACUGUCAUUUUUUCACAUACACCACAGCUUCAUUUCACAAUGCACAUUUCCGGUAAAUAAUGCCAAUAUGCUUUUUAAUUGGACCCAAUGGACUUCUCAGUACUAUGGAUCAGAUAGUUCAUUUUUCUGUAUAUGGCAAGUGGACUACAAUGACUCUGAUGCCUUUGCCAGGCAGGAAAACAGGGACCACAGGCUGUUUGCUUCAGGAUCAAUCAUCUGCCCAUAGAAUUAAAGGUAACAAAUUGUCACUUACCCACCCUUGGCAUUUGGCCACCAUGCAAUGUGGCCUUUAGGCUGCAUAAAUUUUCCCACCCCACAUAAUGGCAUCAAAGCCUUCUGCUAUGCCAGCCCUUGGCCUGGAUUCAGGUCCCUGUACUAGUGUGAGGGUAUAAAUACUGUUUCUUAUGUUACUUCUGGGGUAAUAAACGUGGUCAUUAGGCUGUGAUAUUCAUGCCCUCUGCCCCCAUCUAGUUAAAGUUGGUUCUGAAACUGCUAUGACUUGAAUUAGUUCUCAGGUUCCAAUGGAACCAGGGGUUGUGGGUUUGUUGCUCCUUAACAAGCUACAAUCAAUGGCCUACCUGUUGUUGGCUUGCCAACCAUCACACCAGAGAAUGGCAUACUAUUCAAUCCAGAUAAAACACAAUGAACCAGAAAAUUUCAAUGAAAGGAAGCAUUUAAAGACAAUUCUCACAUUUCUGCACUCUAAGUUUAGAGAUCUGCUGAAAAUUCCCCAAGCUCUCCUGUACAGAUCAUGUAUUUUUGUCAGUUUUUAUAAAAUUGUGCUGGCCAUGUUGAGAUUAUAUAAAUUAGUUAUGGUCUCUGGCUCAUGGUGUAUAGACCCUAAGGCUGCAAUCCUUUAACCGUAUACCUGUGAGCAAGCCCCUUUGACCUCAUUUGGACUUAUUACUGGGUAGACAUGCAUAGGAUUGCAUUAGCAGUAGUGUUCGCUGCCUAAAUCCAUCCUUCUUGCAGUAGCUAACAGUACUUUCUGUUGUCAUAAAAUGGUAUUAAAUUGUCUGCAAUAGCACAAGCUGAAUUAAUCUAUUUCAGAACAGUCAGUUUCAGUAUUCUCUACUGUGGAUUUAAAUGUGCUAGUGACCCAGCACUUUGGGAGUCAAAUACAGAUUGUUCGCAGUGGAAUUGCAUUACUCACUAAUCUUAAUGAAAUGAAAAAAUAUCUUGCUCAAAUCGGUUUGCAAGAUACCUUACAGAGAACGGCAAGUCCUUGUGCUUUUUCUCCUCCUUGUUCAAAACUUAACGAUGAACCCCCAUACAUUUAUUUUGUACAUUUAUUUAUCUCUAUUUCUUUUAUUUCCCUAAAAAUGACAAGCAGUAUGCUGGUAUAAUUUGAUGCACAUAGAUCAACAUUCUACUGCAAUCAUUUUUCAAGCAGAAUGCAUAUGAGUAGAGCAUUAUUAGUGACUUCACAUGCUGAAAUAUUUUAUAGCAGCAUUAUUCUGAUACCUAUCUACCUUCAGAGCACUGUCAGUGUGAUUAAUUGGAUGAUGCUUGUGGAUUGCUAUUCUAAUAACAAUUAAAAUCCAGAAGCACACAAUCAAAAUUAGUACCUGCUUUGGUCUUUUUUAAAGUUGCCCUCUAUUUUCCACACUUCAGGAGAUGGAUCAGGUUCUAGAUAAUUUCCUUUAGUAAAGCAUUUAACCAAACAAAACAUACAACUAUCUGGAUUUUGCUUCUUUAAUGCAGGCCUCUCUAUCUGGCACUCUCCUCAGGGCUUGCCCCUCUCACUUGACCAUGCCCCUCCUGGCUUCAUUCUACAGCUUCCUGGCCUGUUUUUUCCUGACUAGACUAUAUCCCUGAACUAUGCCUUUUAUUUGUCUGGAUUGAGGACUGAGAGAUGUGUCUGUGUCUCUCUGUGUAGAAAAAUCUCAUUUUUUGUUUGGUUGGAAUGUAGCUGAUUGUACAAAGGUAAGAGUCACAUCAAUUGCGUCGAAUGCCUUUUUCUCUGGUCCCACCCACCAUUGGCAUGCAGACCCCUAAAGUUUGUUCUUGAGGGGACAUGGCCCUCAGGCUGAAAAAGGGUCCCUAUGCCUGACAUAGAGGAAGGCAACAAAUUUGGAAAACAAUCAAUCUGAGGCUAGAUAAUUAUUUCCUUUCCUUUGACUGGGUUCCUAUUUCAUGCUAACAGUUUAAAUCUCCUUUCUCAUUCAGCAAUAAAUGCUACUUGAAGUAUAGUGCCAAAGGAACACCAACCAGUAUAAGGUAUCUAAGUGGCGUUAUGUCAGGAUUCUCAUUAAAGGCAUGUCAAGGUGCCGAUACAGGUAAAUAAAUAUGUAUAUAUUAAAAGAAAACAGUAGGGAGAGUAUAUUGUAGGGUGUUUUGAUACAAUGCCAUAGGUGUAAAUAAAUAUAUAUUCCAUACAGCAGCCAUUUUCAACCUGGUGACCUCUAGAUGUUGCUGGGCUCAAGCUUUCAUCAGCCUCAACCAACAUGGCCAAUGGUCAUAGAUGAUGGGAGUUGUAGUCCAACAAUAUUGGGAGGGCACCAGUUUGAGCCCCAAAUAUUGCAGGGCUCUGACACGCACAAGAUGAUGACGUGGAUGUGACUAUGAAAAAGAAUGGUUAUAGUAAAGGUUAUUAUCCAUUGUGCCAAUAACAUAUUUGAGUUAUAACAUAGUCAAAUCUUAUCCUGUUUUGCUAAUUUAUUCUCACAACAAUCUUGUGAAGUAGUUAUGCUAAGAGAUAAUGACUUGCACAAGCCAUUGAAUGAGCUUUGUUGCUGAGUUGAGAAUAUGGAUUCAGGGAAUGAAGGGUCAAACAGUGUCACAAUACACAAAUUCUGGAGAAUUUGACUCCAUAACUCUCAGACCAAAGUGAUAUUAUAUGUGUGUGUAUUUCUUGAUUUCAUGGAUGUGUUUGACUAUACACAUUCAUUUUCUGUGCAGAGUGUCGGAUGGAGAUUUUUCAGGAGGAAUUUUCUGGUGUUACGGUUGCAAGAGUUCUGACACCUGAUGCCUUUGUAUGCAGAACAAUUUGCACUUACAACCCAGUCUGCUUAUUCUUUACCUUUUAUGAUAGUGAUGGAGAUGUAAAACACCCAAAGUGAGUAUUACUAUCAAGUAGUCUGAAGACAUCAUGCUUCCUAAUAACAUGUUUAAAAUUGUAACAAUCUCUUUGAAAUAUUUAUCCUUAGCCCUUGUGGAUGAGUGAAUGAAUAUCUGGGGUGUGUGCAUGUGGCAGCCUGCCUCCUAUUUCUCCACUCACCUGAUUGUUGAGCACUACAAUUCCCAUCAUUCCUGACCUCUGACUGUGUUAGCUGGGGAUGAUGGGAAUUGUAGUACAAAAACAGCUGGAAACCCAUGUUUGGGAAACCCUGGUUUACAGAAUCAGAGGAUAUGAUGUAUUCAGAAUGCAGCUGAAGAGGCCUAGAAGCACUUUCAGUAUGCAAUCAAUACUAUCACUGAUGAGUUUGUGUUUGUGUUUUGGCUUUAGAUUUACUUGCCAAAUGAUGAAAUCAAUAAAUGGCACACCGGAGAGUUUUGUAGAAAGACGAGUUAAGUCAGGUUUCAGUCUCCUAAGCUGCCGGACAGCUACACCAGGUAAUGCAUAAGUUAUGCUGUCCACAAAACAAUUUCAUGAUUGAUGAAUUCCUUGCCCUUAUCAUGAUAACAAACUGUUUUUAUUUUAUUUUGUUUGCAAUGGUUACAAACAAAAUGGCAGCCUGUCAUGUUAUGGCUCACAACAAUUUAAACUUUCUGGGGGAGCAAGUGAAGGCAGACUAUGUCAAAGGAAGCAAGGAAUGCCAACAACUUUGCACAGACACGGUCCGCUGCCAGUUUUUUACAUACGAUUCAGACCCAGCAUUGUGCAACCGAGAAGGGUAAGUUUCUGAAAUAAAUCAACAAACGAACAUCCCACAAUAUUAAGAUUUACCCAUAAACUUUUCCUUGCUGAGCAAUAUUCGAAAAUUGAAUCCGCCUUCCUUUCUUUUCUUGAUAGCAAAUGUAAAUGCUACCUAAGAAUGACUGCCAAUGGGGCACCGAAUAAAAUUGUGACUGAGACGGGAAAGGUUUCUGGCUAUUCUUUAAGAUUGUGUCAGGUUAAAGACAGACUUGGUGAGUCAAAGUUGGAAGUAUGUGGUUAACGUUUCUGUAUGUGGGCUUCUUAAAGCAUCUGGCUGGCUGGCUGUGGAAGCUAGACGGGUGUCUAGAUGCUAGACGGGUUAGCAGGGGCAGGCGGCCUGGUGGCAAAGUGUUGCAGUGGCAUGGCUGCUGCUUACCAGAAUGGUGCUGAGGGUAGUGCUGAGGCAGACCUGUGUGGGUGCUCUGGUGGAACCAAUCAAGCACAUCUGCCAGUGUGCCCAUGCACACCCGUCCUUGCUGCCACCCUGCCCUACCCCCCACACCAUCCAGCUAAAUUUUGGCAGCACUGCUGUUGAGAUGAUAGCAGCGCAGCACUAUUCCACCCUGUCAGCCACUUCUCUUGGGAUAUCUUUGGUAUGUUCCAUCAGGCCUCUUAUGUGCUUCGUUGAAGGUUUUGUCCUAUAUAAGAGCCAUUAAAGUUCCCAGUUAAUUAAUUAAAUUUUAGUCUAGGCACAUUGCAUAGUUAUUGGGUGCUCACCAGAGGCAAAACGGAUUUGCUUUCAAAAUGCCGCCUUAAAAUUAUCUUCUCCGUUAUUGUAUAUUCGCUAUUCCCCAUAUAUUGUUUUGUUGCUUUAAUGAUUGCUGAAUAUUUAUUGAAAUUUGCUACACCUUCUUGGCCUCCUAUUAUGUUUGAAAUAUCAGUAAUUAAUGGUAUUUGCAAGCUGACAUGCAAUAGUAUUUGACAAGGGCUUUCAUGCAGUAGUGCUUAGUAUUUCAUUAUAACAGAUGGCUGACACACAAUGGUUUAUCAUAUGAGCAAAUUUGACAGGUAAGCAUAACAUAAUAAUUCCUAUUUGGUGCCAACUGAAGUAACCAGUGAGACAACCAAGUCUAUAACACUACAAAUUUUUGUUCAUCUGCCCAAUAUUGUCUCCUCUGAGGUCUCUAAUCUGCAAGGCUCUGCUGUAAGUUUAUAUACAGCAAUAUAGAAUAACCUAAGGCUAUAUAAACAGACUGUGUGGCCCAGUUCAGGAACAAAAGCUGCCUAUAAUCCAGAAUUAACAACUUUUGAUAGAUACCUUGAUAUCUCUUCUAACUUUGUAAAGCAUACUUCAUCUGUUUAAUGUACCAGAGUCUGUCUGUUCAAAAUGCUGCUCAUGUCCCUGAACCUUCUGUGGUCAUUCUGCACAAACAUUUCUGUACAAACAUUUCUGGGGUAGUUCUGUCUAGCUAUCAAGUGCCCAUCAGCUUCUGUUUGCUGGUUUGUGUUUACUCUUCUUCUUAAAAGGGAUUGCAUAGAAAAGGCCUCUUAGAGCUUAAUUUGUGCUUGGACAAAUCUUUCAAUUUCCAUUUCUCUUAGUUUCUUAUUUUUCCAUUUUAAAAUUUAGUUCUUCACAUUUCCAAAGCAGUUUUGCCACUUAUUUAUUUAUAACCCCUCAUAGAAAUUCAUCAACAUUUGGGUGACAUUUCUCCUAAUAUAUGAAUUUUGCAUUCAGUUUUGAUUCAAAUGCACAUUUUUUUUGCAAGCAGUUUUCCUAACACAGUGCACGUUCAUAACUUAUUUUCACUAAUAUAUGUGAACUUGAUUGAGAAUACCUGCACUGGAGUAGAAAUUUCACCCUUUCUAGUUUCUUCAUUUAACUCUUAGCUCUGAUAGGGAAGCUUACUGUUUGGUGAGGGAGACUGGGAAUGGUUAGAUAUCAUGAGUUCCAUGCCACCUUCGAAAACGUAUCACUUUCCUUACUGGAGUUGACAGCAGCUUUGUUUAAGUUUGGAUUGGGGAAAAACAAAACAGGGAAAGAACUAAACACUCCUCUGCUUUUGCACUACUGCUCCAAUCCUUGUGGGAAGGGACAGUCCCACACCUGCUGCUUGGUUAAAAUGAAAGCAUCAGGAUGUCAGUGACCGGCUGUCCCAAGUCAUGUCUGGUUAGCAUUUGAUUUCCUAAAGUCACAUCCAGUUUGACUUUGAAAACAAGGGAAAGGACUCCAUGGUGGAUUGAAUUGGUCUUCUGCCUGUAAGUUACAGGCCACAGAGUCCUUUUGUCUUAAUAAUGUAUCCCACAAAGGCCUGAGAAAUACACAAGAUUGCACCUAGUGGAUACAAGGAGAACUAGAAUCGUGAGGAGUUUGGAUAAUCUUAAUUCAGAGUAUCAGUGAUGAAAUAUAGUGGUGACAAAAUUCUAGAAGACCAUUGGGAGGUUUGGGUUAAUUCAUUUGCCUCAGUGUAACUGAACUUGCAUGCCUGUUGUGGUAAAAGCCCACAUAUAGUCCUUGAGAGAGGGCAUAAAAGAAAGUUUUUAUUUUUUUAAAAAAAAUCAUUAAAUUUAUUUUAAAAAACUUCAAAGUUUUAUCAUUUUAAUCAACCUAUGUGAUCUGUUGCAAUAAACAAAAACUAUGAGGUAAAAACUAUUUGUGCUAGAAAAACAUUGUUGAGAUUUAAGUAUUUUCUUAGAAUGUGUGAAGCAAUCUGUGAAUAUGGGACGGAUUGUUGGAGGAACAAAUUCGUCUUCUGGAGAAUGGCCCUGGCAAGUCAGUUUGCACGCAAAGUUAUCUCUUCAGAGUCAUCUAUGUGGUGGUGCAAUCAUCAGUGACCAAUGGAUAGUGACUGCAGCCCAUUGUACAGAAGAGUGAGUAAAACCUCUGUGAAGUAAGCAAAACCGAAUUGUUUAAAUGUUUCUAAGUUGCAAGGGAUGAGUCUUGAAAACAGUGGGUGAGAUCCAGUUAUGUCCAAUGCAAGAAGAACUCCUCUAGUUCAAUGGGACUUCUGGUUUCUCCCUUCCACCCCUCCAUCUGUUCCGGAAGGUUCCCCAACCUCCUGGAGUAGGUUUGCUACAUGCAUGUUUGUGAGGGGAGGAUGGAGAAGUCCCAUUAUGCUAAUGGAUGCCCCCUCAUGCUAUGUUUGAUGUUUCUCAGUAGCACCGGUGGCCUAACAACAAAGCACAUUUCCCACAAAUAGCAGCUCUGUGUUGAAUUCUGCAGGCAUCUGAUGCCUGGAGAAAACCACGUGAAGAGACCUAGGAAUGGGUGGCAGCAGCAGCAGCAGCAGGAGCAAGUCUAGAAACAGCUGAGGCCAUAGAGUGUCUAUGCAGUGGCUGGCCAUUGCGCACCCCUAGCAACUCCUCACAAACCCCUAGUGAUGCUGCCUGCCCUCCUUCCCUGCCCCACCCCCACUGGGCUUCCUCCAAGCCAGCUGAGGUGGCGCUUUUGUCUGAGCCUCUACCUUUGCCUCCAGCCUCCUUCCUCCUCCUUUCUUGCCUGCUGAAUGGCAUGGAGUCACUGCCCUGCAUUCCCACCGCUCUCUGGCUGCUUGUUCCAGAAAAAACGGGAAUGAGUGGCUUUCCCCACUUUCUGCUGUUAGUCCUGCUCUCAUGUAGUUUGAGUGAAUGAGUGCCUCCCCAUUAAUCCAGGAUGCAAGGAAUGAGGUGAACUGCUUCCCUUAGUGUGUGUUAGCCUUGCUCUUGUGCUUGCUUGCUCUCCCUCUCUCACCAUUGUGUGGGGUGUUGCACUUAGGUUAGUAAACUGUGAGGGCAUUUUUGGCUAUGCUAUGGAUGUGUGGAGCUGGUGGCACCUUCUCCUAAACUACAAAUGAACAAGCCAAGUAAGUGCAUGCACAGUAGGCUUGCCUUUUCUUCCCAUGAGCUUGAAUGCAUGUGAGAUAAAACCCUCUUUUUAUAGGAGUAAAACAUGACAGUGGAGCAUCAUUCUAUAGUUUUCCUCAGGUGGCAAAAUAUCUUGGACCAUCCCUGCCCUGCAGUAUUGGUGAAAACUGUCCAUCUCACUAGAGAGAUGACUGUACAUGAAAUUACUGGACUGCUAGUGGGAAAACUUAAUAGUAGGGUAGGAGGGCUGGGGGGGAAAUCACUCCUGGCAACCAAUGCACCCCUUUGGUUUCAGAUAGUACAUGGGUAGACAAGUCUAAAAAAUCUGGGACACAUGGUCCUCUAGCAGCUAUGGUGUCUCAUUUACCAGAAGUAAUCUAAUUAGCAUGGGUAGGCAAACUAAGGCCCAGGGACCGGAUCCGGCCCAUUGCCUUCUAAAUCUGGCCCACAGACGGCCCGGGAAUCAGCAUGUUUUUACUUGAGUAGAAUGUGUUCUUUUAUUUUAAAAUGCAUCUCUGGGUUAGUUGUGGGGCAUUGGAAUUCGUUCCCCCUCCAAAAAAGUAGUCCGGCUGCCCACAAGGUCUGAGGGACAGUGGACCAGCCCCCUGCUGAAAAAGUUUGCUGACCCUUGGUAUUUAGUGUUAACUCUCGAAGUGUAUACUUAAUUCUGACCAAACUAACCUAUCUGGUGUAUAUUGUGCUCUAGGAGGCUUAGUUUGGUCAGCAUUGAGUAUGCACUUCCAUAGGUGCAUUGGUUACCAGAUGUGAAAUAUAUAGGCAUUACCGUAUUUUUCACUCUAUAAGACGCACCAGACCACAAGACACACCUAGUUUUUGGAGGAGGAAAACAAGAAAAAAAAUAUAUUCUGAAUCUCAGAAGCCAGAACAUUAAGAGGGAUCACUGCACAGUGAAAGCAGCAAUCCCUCUUGCUGUUCUGGCUUCUGGGAUAGCUGCGCAGCCUGCAUUUCCUCCAUAAGACGCACACACAUUUCCCCUUACUUUUUAGGAGGGAAAAAGUGAGUCUUAUAGAGCAAAAAAUACGGUAUUUUCAGCUCUGCUACCCCACUAUAAAGAUUAGAUUAGAUGGAUCCUUGGGCUGAUCCAGCAGAGCUAUGUGUUACCAUGCUCUUAUGUGUUAUGAGAAGAAGGGAAAGACUACUAAGGCUUCAAGAAAGGCAUGGGCAUGUUAUAAAUGGCUCCAGAUGUUAUGAGGCACCAAAAAAAAAGCACAAAGAUUAUUGGGGGAGAAUUAGCUGCUACAAAAAUAGAAAUGAAAAGAAUGCAAUACAAUACAGUAGUUUAAAACACAAAGAAAUAGCUGAAUUUCUGUGUGGCAGGGAUCUUAGGUUAGCCUCUCUAAAUCAAUGGAAAACAGCCUCAUAUUCAAAGCUUUAAAUAAGCCUGAUCUUUUAAAAUUGUUUCUCUGCUUAGCCUUCUGGUAACAGAUGUUUGGCGUGUUUAUGCGGGCAUUUUGAAGCAGUCAGAAAUAAAUGAAGAUACCCCCUUCUUCAGAGUUCAAGAGAUUAUUGUCCACCCUAAGUAUGAGUAUUCAGAGACAGGAUAUGACAUUGCUUUAAUGAAACUGGACAAGCCAAUGAACUUCAGUGGUACGUGAAACUUUUAAGUUUACUGCAAAAUCUUAAGCUAAAGUAACUUGACUGCAGUAGCUUUUAACCAGCUAUUGUUCCAACCAAGUAAAAAUUACGAUUGGCAUUCUUACAGGAAUGCGAUGUAGUUUUAAAUGAAUUCUCUUUCCUCCACAUUUAACUAUCUACUUUUCCUUUAAAUGGAAAUUCAGCUUUACAGCAACCUAUAUGCUUACCAUCUGAAGACAGAAUGAAUACAGAAUUCACCAACUGCUGGGUGACUGGAUGGGGUUACACAAAAGAGAGAGGUAUUGAAAAAAUAAAACUAAGAAAUGUGAAAUACUUAUCUUUGGAAAUGAUCAUGUUGAAUCCAGAAAAGAUGAAGUCAUGCCAGGGAAAAAUCCACAUGCUCUGGAGGGGAGGGUUUCCUGUGACCUAUAGGGUAGCAAUUGCACUGAUACACAAUCUAGAAGCUUUCAAUUUUGCACUGCCUAUAAAUAUAUAAAUCUUUUAAAUGUGUAAUAUAUGUGGGGCCUUAAUUUGAUAUUAGAAAUUAUGCGCUUAGUGUUUUCAAGUUGAUUUUCCUGAAGGAGUCAGUGAUGUGCAGGCUGGGCAGUUCUGUAACCAGUGGAAGUUGCAUGGAAAGAAACAUGCGAAAGAUGUGCAUAGAAUCAUAGAUAUGGAAGGGACCUCAAAGGUCAUCUAAGGCAACCAUCUGCCAAUGCAGCAUCCUUGAUCUACGGUCACUCUCUGCAUGUGUACAGAUAAAGCAGACAGCCUACAUAGUGGGUGGGUGGAUAUUUCAGGCUCCUGGGAGCUUCUAGUUUCUUGUGACAAUUUAGUGAGUCCCGACACACAGUCUGGAAAUUACUGAGCUAGGAGGAAUUGGCAACAUUGUUGACAUCUCUCUCCCCUUCCUGCUUUGUGCCCUGUUUCCGUCAUUUGUAACACUGUAGGUGAGAUACAAGAUACCCUGCAAAAAGUCCGCAUCCCCCUAAUAUCCAAUUUGGAAUGCCAGUCACGAUACCAAGAACACAGGAUAACUGACAAGAUGAUGUGUGCUGGCUACAGAGAAGGUGGCAGGGAUGCCUGUAAGGUAACAGCCCCCUUUGUGUUACUUAGGAUUUAUGUAAUUUACAAAUGUUGACCAGUUUAAUUGCCAAAGUCUCCUGGGAAUUGUAGUUUGGUGAAUGAAGGUGAUGAGAAUCCUGCUAGAAAUCCAUUUCUGUCCCUCCUACUACAGCUCCCAUGGUUCCCUGGGAAUAGUUAAAGAAAUAAGCAUGUGCCAAUCUGCACCAUGUAUUCUCUCUCCAUUUACUUUUCAAGCUAACUUAUGACUUGAGAAAUCUAAUCUUUAACAUCUGCUUUGGCUUGUAACAGUGUAAGUGGAACUGGCCAUUUCUGUCCCACUUUUCAGGAAAUCGGUGUAACUAUUAAAUAUGGUGGGUCCUGCUUUAUAUUGUUCUCUGUAGACGGGCCGGGGCAAAAAGGCUCCAUUACACAUAUGGUGCAGUGAGCAGACUUGCUGGCACUGACUAAAGGGUUAAAGUAAAAGCAUUCCAUGUACCUUUGCCUGGCAAGAAGGCCAUUUUCAUUUCCUUUGAAAAAUUAAAGGUAGCAUCAAACAAUGAACAUGUGAAGAUAUGACAUAGGUUUGGGUGCUUAGUUAAUGCCAAUUCUGCAGACCACACAUAAAUUAACUCUUAUUUACCCUUGGUUUGAAUUGCAAAAAUAUUAAAGUUCAUUGGAUUGAAAUCAGCGCUUGUAAUGCAUUUGAGAUUUACCACCAUUUUACAUUUAAACAGAUUACGAACAGAUUAUUUUUGAGUUCUGUGACGUUACUCUAAUGAAGAAUAUGUUUCUGCCCCUGUUGCGGUUUGUUUAUACUCAGGAAAAGAGCUGCUAUUGCAGUUGUUAAUUUGGAUGUCUCAUUCAAGACCAGGACUCUCACAUGGCCAAAAUACUGACAAUAUGUGUGUUUCUUUUCUUUCUCUCUCUCUCUCUAGGGAGAUUCAGGUGGUCCUCUCUCAUGUGAACAUCAGGGAAGCUGGUAUUUGGUUGGUGUUACCAGCUGGGGUGAGGGAUGCGCUCGUCCAGGUCAACCGGGAGUUUACACUAAUGUGACUGAGUUUGUAGACUGGAUUCAUGAAAAAGCCUUGAAAAAAAAUGUCCAGUGACCUAAACAUAUGGAAGACGACAGAAGAGGAUGUCAGACAAGCAGCUCUAGAAUUCUCUGAGAAAUCUCUGAGAGGUUCUGUGAACUUGUGGUUUUUGAAAAGGCUAGUUAGCAGGGUUGAAACAAAGACUGAACUCAUUUGACCUGUUGCAUGCAAUAAAAAUAAUAACCCCCAAAGUGGCAAAUGCCUUUCACCCUGGUGCUCAUAUUGAAACUGACCGAUGUGUAUUCAAAUUACAAAGGGGAAUGAAUGUACUUGAGCCAAUCACUGCUUGACAAAUGUAGUGUGGUGUGGUGUAGUGCUUAAGAGCGGUAGACUCGUAAUCUGGGGAACCGGGUUCGCAUCUCCGCUCCUCCACAUGCAGCUGCUGGGUAACCUUGGGCUAGUCACACUUCUUUGAAGUCUCUCAGCCCCACUCACCUCACAGAGUGUUUGUUGUGGGAGAGGAAGGGAAAGGAGAAUGUUAGCCACUUUGAGACUCCUUUGGGUAGUGAUAAAGCGGGAUAUCAAAUCCAAACUCUUCUUCUUCUUCUCCUUCUCCUCCUCCUCCUCCUCCUCCUCCUCCUCCUUCUUCUUCUUCUUCUUCUUCUUCUUCUUCUGGGACAUAUCCUACGUGGGUAUUGUCCACACCUAAGCAUUUCAGUGAGUUUUGGCAAGCAUAACUCUACAAAGUAGAGUAUGAUUUCAGCCAUAAAUGCAAUAUUUAAGACUCAUGGAUUUCACCAUGAUGCUGAUGUUGACUGCUCUGUUGGAUCUAUAUCACCGCCUCAUUGCUCCUGGGUGGCUUGCAACAAAAUCCUAAACACACAAUACAGUGGUGCCUCGCAAGACGAAAUUAAUCCGUUCCGCGAGUCUCUUUGUCUUGCGGUUUUUUCGUCUUGCGAAGCACGGCUAUUAGCGGCUUAGCGGCUAUUAGCGGUUUAGCGGCUUAGCGGCUAUUAACGGCUUAGCAGCUUAGCGGCUAUUAACGGCUUAGCGGCUUUAAGAAAAAGGAAACAAACUCACAAGAACUCACAAGACGUUUCGUCUUGCGAAGCAAGCCCAUAGGGAAAUUCAUCUUGCGGAACGACUCAAAAAACGCAAAACCCUUUCGUCUAGCGAGUUUUUCGUCUUGCGAGGCAUUCGUCUUGCGGGGCACCACUGUAUAGGGUGAGAAUCAAAUCAGUGACAAAAUACAGAAAAGAAAAGUUCUCACAUUGAGGCAGCAUAAAACAACCUACAGCCUGGAUUUAAGGCAGAAUUUAAAAGCCUGGUUGAAUUAAAAGUUAUUUGCCUGAUGCCAAUAAGGGGCACACACAAAAGGUGCUCUGUGAGUUUCAUUGGGGAAGCUGUUCCAUAGGUGCAUUUCAUUUCCUUGGGACUGCAAUAGAUUCCUAAAAAAUUAUCCACUGCAACCACUCAUUUUUCUUGAUACCGUUAAAUUACCUUUCCAAGCUAAACUGUCUCUCGCUAACUGCAGUUACAGAGGGAGGGAAAAACAACAGCCAAGCACUGAUUUAUAUAAGAAAUAACUAACCAAAAGGUGGACCAUCAGAUUUUGCAUGAGACUUAGCUUUGUUUUGUUCAGAACUUUCAUGGAAGGGGGGAAAUGUAUGCCAAGCAAUAGGUCUCCUCUUUCUUCCUUCCUGAAGCUGUUGCUUUUCAUUAGUAUGUAAAAGACCACUUUGGGUAGUUCCACACCCUCAUAUGUUUAGGGGUGGUGUUGGUGCCCCAGAAAAGGGCAAUCUCUGUGGCAGCCCCUAAGUUAUGAAAUUCCCUCUCCAUUGCAUAGUUCUUGUCCUACGCUGAAGACACAACUUUUUACCCAGGCCUUUGACACCUGAGAUAUAUGUUUUUAUGGCUCAUGCUAUUCUUUUGAUUGUAAAUUGUUUUCGUUGCUUUUAGAAUUGUAUUUUUACAUUGCUGUAACCUGCCCUCAGACCUUAUGGUGAAGGCAGGUAAGAAAUCAAAUGAAAAUAAAUAAUAAUAACCAGCUUUGACCAGCAGGUGAGAAAUCCUACAAAUAAAUUUAAAGAGGG